CCGAGAUAGCUCACGUUAUCAUAAAAACCGCCCCGAACGUUUGUCGUCACGACUCAGAGCAUCAAUGAAGGCCAUUAGCGGAUAGGCACCGCAGCAAAACACUACUCGGGCAUGAUUGCUAUCAUGCAAGUUGUCAGCUGAUGUACCAAGCCAGUUAAGUGUUGCCGUACUUCAUCAUGACAUUGACACAGAUACACAGCCUCUUUCCAGCGUCUGCCUCAAGAGUCUCACGCCUGAACAUAUUUCAGUGGAGGGAAGGACAGUUAUAGAGUGCGGUUUCUAACUCCCCUCCCCAAAGCUAGCGCCCGUCGAGAGCCGACUGCUUUGCUAUGGGAAAUGUCCGUCUCAUAUCUGUAGAUCUUGCGACCAUUUGCAUAGAAAGUUUUUUCUAUGGCAUCUUCUUCACUCUCUCUGCAGUUUCCUUCUAUCUCUUGUUUCGACGCCAGAAAGAUCUGGGAGCAUAUGGAGGCCAAAAACAGCCGCAUUCCACAUCGAAGAGGUCAAUCCGGAUCUUUUUGGCCGCCACCGUAAUUAUAUUCCUCUCCAACACUGUGCAUUGGAUUAUGGCCAUCACACGGCUGUUUAAAGCCUUUGUAUACUACAAAGGCGGCAGUGCACCAUCGGACUUUUACGCCGAUGUGUCGCAACCAACAGAAGUCGUUCAAAGUGCCGCACUUGUCUUUACAGUCAUGACCAACGACGCUAUGAUUAUAUACCGCCUUUGGUACGUGUGGGCGUUCAACAAGGGGAUAGUCAUAUUUCCCCUCUGCACACUUGUCGGCUUAACUUUAUGCGGUUUUGGAUCUAUUUACCAGAUGACGAAGACCCGUCUUGGCGAAGACAUCUUCAUCACUGCUGUGGGCCGCUGGCUGACUAGUAGUUCGGUAUUAACACUCUGCACGAACGUAUAUUGCACAACUAUGAUCGCAUGGCGUAUUUGGAGAAUCAACUCGGCCGUCUCAGGCAACAGACGUGGCAGUCUGACGUCUCUCAUGGCUAUAAUUGUCGAAAGCGCCGCACUCUACACAAUAUGGACCAUCUUCUUCAUGGUCACCUACCUGGCUCGAUCCAACUUGCAGUUCGUGACCAACGAAACGUGGGCCUUCGUCGCCGGCAUAUCCUUCAUGCUCAUCAACGUGCGCGUUGGCAUGGGAUGGGCGCAGAACGGCACGACCACAACUUCGACAUUUGGAGUCACUUUCGGCACGUCAGCCAGUGGCAAUCAACCGUUCGCGAUGAGGCCUCUGGCGGUCACUGUCACGUCCACUGUGCACAGAGAUCACGACUUUGAUAAUGCUCCCAUCAAGUCGUUCUCUCAUGAAUCUUCCACCUUCGUGUCGGAUGCUUGACCACGCAAUUUUACUACUAUGCACGAUGCCACCAUUCUUCUGUUUCGCGCGAAUUUCGAUGCUUGACCUAUGAACAGGCUGCUGACCGCCUCACAUCUAGCCGAACUAUUUUAUGACAUCAUGGGCUUUGUACCGGCCAAUAAAAUAAAUCAAAGCAUACCGCACAAAUGAAAGUGCUGUACAUGCGACAACAGUAUAUAACACGAGAGGCUGAUACUACUAGUAGUAGUAGUAAAUCGUCCUUGUUGAACGUGACUCAUAAUACGGGGUUGC